AGCCACGCCCCCUCCAGGGAAAAAUGCAAAUUGAGCACGUGAGUUCCCUGUGGUUUAGGAUGCUGCAAGGAAGGAGCCGCAAGAGAGUGGAAUGGAUCUGUGCAGAUGUCGUAGAUCGUCCGCUUUUUGUCCUGGAGUGAAUACGGCUGCUAUACGGCCGACAAAGGAACCGGUGGCCUUUGAAGAUGUAGCUGUGUAUUUCACAGAUGAGGAAUGGGCCCUACUUGACCCAAGACAAAAAACACUUUAUAGGAAUGUGAUGUUUGAGAAUUAUGAGAGUGUGACUUCUCUAGAGCAGCUGCUGAGCUUUAAACCAGUUCUUAUCUCUUGGCUGGAAGAAGACAGGGACAAAGAAUGGCUUAUUCAGAGCUCUGUGGAAGAGGAGAGGUUAACAGGUGAUGGGACAGCAAAUAAGAUCAAGUGGGAGGAUUGUUUUCAGCUGGAAGAUUCCACAUCAGAAGAAGAAGAAGGGGAAGACCACGAGGAAGACAAGGAGAUCGAGUCCCUAUCACAAAAAUGCCAUGAGAAUAUUUCCCUCCAAAAUGACAGCAGUGAGCGAUUGGAAGAGGGCCAUUCUGAACUCCUUAAAGACCAUUCCUAUGACUCCCAAAGUGAUUCCUUGCUCAAAUUGGAGCCUGAUUUCCUUCUUCUGCUGAAAUUCUACCUCCGGACGCUGUUCUCUGUGCUCCGUUCCACUCUUGCCUUGUGUAAUGCUUAUCUGGUGAGCAUGCGAAGGCGGCAGAAGAGGAGAGCACACAUUGGCUUGGCUUUUCAGGACCACUUUUUGAGACGUCACACGGUGAGCCGGGCACUGUGUAGGAGACGGACCAGAAAAAGGGCUGCUCUUGUCGCGCUGCUGGAUAACAAGCCACUCCCCCGACGCUGGUGGGUGUCCCCUGCAACCUGUCUCAACUGGUGGGAGAACUUUAUGCACGAAACCACUGAUGAUGCAAAAUGGAUUGAGCAGUUCCGUAUGAGCCGGGGCACCCUCUUUGAGAUUGCCGAGGUGCUUCGGCCCAAACUUGAGAGACAGAGGACUAUCAUGAGGGAGGCCAUCAGCGUGGAGAAACGUGUGGCCAUCGUAGUGUGGUGGCUUUCGAAUCUGGAACGCUAUCGCGAGGUUGCCACACAGUUUGGCAUCGGGAGGUCCACAGUGGGAGAUAUUGUUCUGGAGGUUUGCUUUGCCAUCGAGCUUCUCCUCGCUCCCCAGAUGAUCUGCAUGGGUGACCACCAAAAGAUAAUGGAGGGGUUUCGGAGCUUGGGUUUUCCUCACUGCAUUGGUGCCAUGGACAAGACUCACGUGGCGAUUGUGACUCUUGCUGGUCAGGCGGAUGAGACUGUCAGCCGCAAGAAGGUCUUCCCAUUCCAGGUUCAAACAAUCACGGACCAUACUGGCCGAUUUAUUUAUAUUGAAGUAAAUAGGAAUGGGGAGAACGUCUUCUCCAACUCUGCACUGUGCCAGGCCAUGGAUGAGGGCACUUUUAUUCCAGGGAACCCAACGGUCACCAUGGGAGGGGUGCAAGUCCCGCCGCUGAUCUUGGCGGAUGACUCUUACCCUCUACGGAAAUGGCUGAUGACCCCCUACGAGGACCAGCCGAACGAGAGGGAAAGGGUAUACAAUGCAAAUUUCAACAAAUGCCGCAGCGUGAUAGAACAGGCCAUGUACAGAUUGAGGGGACGGUGGCAGUGCCUCACUGGAAGGCUCCCCUUGGCCGAGGAGAAUGUAGUAGCAGUGGUCACCGCCUGCGUUGUGCUGCACAACAUUUGCGAGAGCAAGGGACACGUGCUGCAGGAGGGUGUGAAGGUUCCCGACCAAGUGUUGUUGCCCGAAUGUGAGGAGGAGGUCCACCUCUAUAACGAAAGGGACGUUGAAGAGGGAGAGGCCAUCCGGAAGGCCAUCACAGAUUUCAUGGCUGAUCAAACCAGCAGUUCCUGGGGCAACGAGUUCUGCUUCCUAGAGAGGCAGGAAGUGGAAGGGACUCUUAAUAAGAUUCCAAAGAUUCCUGGAGGCAACGAGUCUCGCUUCCUAGAGAGUCUGAACAAGAGAAGCACUGUAAUCAAGGAAAUGCAGAGCUGGGAGAAGAGACGUAGGACCGAUGUCUGUGGUCAAGUGGUAGCCCUGGCCGAAGACUUCCUCCUCAAGCACCAGGAGCCCAAGAGGAAAGAUAAUAAUAUCAUUAAUAGGACCAUGUCAGCAAAAAGUGUGGAAUUUUCAAGUACUGAACUCCGGGCCAUCAUGAAGUUCCUGUUCCUGCAGAAGAAAACUCCGAAGGAAAUCCAUGAGUGUAUGAUGCAAACAUUGAGUGACAAGUGCCCGUCAUACUCAACUGUGAAGAAAUGGUGUGCCAACUUUCAGCAGGGAGAUUUUGAGACCGAAGAUGCAGCAAGGUCAGGGAGACCUUCAACAGUGUCAACUCCAGAAAUGGUUGAACGUGUUCAUGACCUAAUUUUGGCAGAUCAGCGAAUCUCAGCUAAAACAAUUGCUGAGACACUAGAUAUAUCCCGGGAACGCAUUGGUUUUAUCAUUCAUGAGCAGUUGUCUAUGCAAAAGCUGUUAGCCAAGUGGGUGCCAAAGUGUUUGAAUGAUGACCAGAAACGAAAUCGAGUGGAUACCUCCAAGCUGAUUUUGCAGCAUUUUGAGCAAUCUAGUGAUAACUUUUUGGAACAACUCGUCACUGUUGAUGAAACAUGGUUACAUCACUAUGGUUUGGAGACCAAGCAACAAUUCUUGCAGUGGCGGCACUCGGAUUCUCCAUGGCGGAAGAAAUUCAAGACUCAAAGGUCAGCAGGAAAGGUCAUGGCCAUAGUUUUUUGGGAUAAGGAAGGUAUUUUGAUGACUAACUGUGUUCAGAAGAACCAAACAAUGAAUGCAGAAUACUAUUCCAACUUGCUGUGCCAAUUAAAGGAGACACUGAAAGGAAAACGGCAAGGGAAGCUGCAGAAAGACAAUGACCAGCUGGAAGUAGAGGACAAGGAAAAGGAGGUAGCAGCAACAAUUCCACUGGAAACACCUGCAUGUGUAAAUGGCAGCAGAAUAUCCUUGAAAGAAGUCAUAGGAAAGUUUUUUCAGAUUCCUGAAGAGAAAGAAGUAGCCGAAAGUGUCAAGAGGGCAAACUUUGUGAUGGAGAAACCGUUCAAAUGCUUUGACUGCGGGAAACACUUUGCCGCCAGCACUCAUCUGAUCAAUCACAAACGGGUCCACACAGGGGAGAAGCCAUAUACAUGUUUAAGCUGCGGAAAGAGCUUUACAGAGAAAGGCAACCUCCUCAAACACCACAGAAUCCACACUGGUGAGAAACCAUACAAAUGCUCCGACUGCGGGAAAGCCUUUGGUAUCAGCUCGCAGCUUAUCAGUCACAAAAGAGUCCACACUGGUGAAAAGCCGUAUGAGUGUUCGGAUUGUGGGAAAGGUUUUUGCACGAGCUCUCAGCUUGUGUGUCACAACAGGGUUCACACAGGAGAGAAACCAUACGAGUGCUCUGAGUGCGGGAAAACGUUCAGUCAGAGAUCUUAUCUUGUUGGACAUGAAAGGACCCACACUGGAGAAAAACCGUUUAAGUGCUCCCAGUGUGGGAAGUGGUUCUCGCACCGCUCUGACUGUCUGAGGCAUGAGAAAAUCCACACGGGUGAGAAGCCUCACAAGUGCCCUGACUGUGGGAAAGGCUUCAGUCAGAAAGGAUCCCUCAUCACCCACCAGAGGAUCCACACUGGGGAGAAGCCAUUUGAAUGCUCUGAGUGUGGGAAGAGCUUCAAUGACCGAAGUUACUUCAUUACACACCGGAGAACUCAUACAGGCGAAAAGCCAUACAAAUGCACAGACUGUGGGAAAAGCUUCAGUCGAACCUCCCACUUGACUGCACACAGAAAAACACACACAGGAGAAAAAUAGGCUGGAGCAAAUAUAGGUUGAAUUUUACUUUUCUGGAAUUCUGAAAUAUUCCAAAAUUGUCCACAUGGGUGGCUGAGAUAGUGACACCUUUGCUUGCUGAUGGUUCAGUGUAAACACUUUGUUUCAUGAACAAUGGAAAUAAACUGCUGCACUUGCAGCCAUUUUUUAGCCGA